UUCCAUUUUCAUCAAGUAUCAACUUCCAUUAAAAAAAAUGAAAAUCUGUUAUUUGUCGUCGUCUCCACUAAGAAUCAAUUUUAUUUAGUGAGUGGAAUCAUUUUCAUGGCAUUACCUAUUAUUAUUAAUUUAUUUUUUCCUCUCACAACAACACUUGCAUUUUCUCCCAAAACAACCAACCAUGUCCAAUUUCCCUUUCCUCUCCCUUUCUAACCACACCCCCAUCAACUACCAUCACACCCCACCUCCUCCGACCACUUUUCAAAACUCCAACUUCCACACAAAGUUUCAAUCUUUAGCUUUAAGAGGCUAUGGAGAAAGUAAAUUUGCAUCUGGGUCAUGCUCUAAUGCUCCUAGGAGCGCAAAAGCUCGUAGAAGAAAAUGGGUGUUGGUGAAAGGGGUGGUGGGAGGUGGGAAGAGAGUGAAUUUUGGUGAUGGAUUUGAUGCAAUUGUUAUUGGGUCUGGGAUUGGAGGGUUGGUUGCUGGGACACAGUUGGCAGUGAAAGGUGCUAGAGUUUUGGUUUUGGAGAAGUAUGUUAUUCCUGGUGGAAGUUCUGGGUUUUAUCAUAGGGAUGGUUAUACUUUUGAUGUAGGGUCUUCUGUCAUGUUUGGUUUCAGUGAUAAGGGUAAUCUCAAUUUGAUAACACAAGCAUUGGAAGCAGUUGGUUGUCCGAUGCAGGUGAUACCUGAUCCGACGACUGUUCAUUUCCAUCUACCGAACAACCUCUCUGUUCGAGUGCACAAAGAAUAUGAUAAAUUCAUCGAAGAACUCACCAGUUAUUUUCCCCACGAAAAGGAUGGUAUCCUCAAAUUCUAUGGUGAAUGCUGGAAGAUUUUCAACGCACUGAAUUCGUUGGAGUUGAAGUCAUUAGAGGAGCCACUCUACCUUUUUGGACAGUUUUUUCAGAAGCCGCUUGAGUGCUUGACAUUAGCCUAUUAUUUGCCUCAAAAUGCUGGAGCCAUAGCGCGGAAGUAUAUUAAGGAUCCGCAGUUGUUGUCUUUCAUAGAUGCAGAGUGUUUCAUAGUGAGCACCGUCAACGCUUUGCAGACUCCAAUGAUCAAUGCUAGCAUGGUUCUGUGUGAUAGACACUUCGGUGGGAUUAACUAUCCUCUCGGUGGUGUUGGCGGGAUCGCAAAGUCAUUGGCAAAAGGUCUAGUUGAUCAGGGCAGUCAGAUACUUUACAAGGCAAAUGUCACGAGUAUUAUCACUGAGCAGGGCAAAGCUGUAGGAGUGAGGCUUUCAGAUGGCAGAGAGUUCUUUGCCAAAACAGUAAUAUCAAACGCUACCAGAUGGGACACAUUUGGAAAGUUAAUAAAAGGAAAAACACUUCCGAAAGAGGAAGAAAACUUCCAGAAAGUUUAUGUUAAAGCUCCGUCUUUUCUUUCAAUCCACAUGGGGGUUAAAGCAGAGGUUUUGCCGCUAGAUACGGAUUGUCACCAUUUUGUGCUCGAGAACAACUGGACCAAUUUGGAGGAGCCAUAUGGAAGUAUCUUUUUGAGUAUACCAACUGUACUUGAUUCAUCGUUAGCUCCUGAAGGUCGUCAUAUCCUUCAUAUAUUCACGACGUCUUCGAUGGACGACUGGAAGGGUCUCUCGAGAAUCGAAUAUGAGGCAAAGAAGCAGAUUGUUGCUGAUGAAAUCAUAAGCAGAUUAGAGAAGAAAUUGUUUCCAGGUCUUAGUUCAUCCAUUGAUUUUAUAGAGGUAGGGACACCAAAGACACAUCGACGAUUCCUAGCCCGUGACGAGGGUACUUAUGGACCAAUGCCACGCGGCAUUCCAAAGGGGUUAUUAGGAAUGCCAUUUAAUACAACAGGCAUAGAUGGUCUUUACUGUGUUGGAGACAGUUGCUUCCCUGGGCAGGGUGUUAUCGCUGUAGCUUUCUCUGGAGUUAUGUGUGCUCAUCGAGUAGCUGCAGAUAUCGGGUUGGAGAAAAAGUCACCGGUUUUGGAUGCCAUGCUGCUUCGGUUGCUUGGAUGGUUUAGAACACUGGCAUGAGUGUUAUAAUUUGUAUGAUCCGUGAGUCUCUAUGUAUUAUCCUGUAUAACAUUACUUUUUUUUUUUUUUUUAUAUUUCUUAAUUUUUGGUUGGGAAUAGAGGGAAAUAGAUUCGACGAAUUUGCGUAGUUAUAGAAUUAGGGUGUCCUAUGGGACAACUUACAUUCUACAAUGUAUUUAAAAGCAGAUUUUCUGAAGUUGGGAUCUUGAGCUGUCCCACUGAAAUUUAACGGCCAAGAUUUCUUAGAUACAUGCUUCUAUAACUGCCAAGAAUCUGAAUUCGAGAGUGAGGGGAUGUGAAGUGUGAAAUGUAAAUUGUCUCUGAAUGAUCAGUUUUUAUGUAACUAUGCAUUUUUAUCA